AUGGGAGACAUGGAGAAACUUCAGAAGAGGGCGGUCGCCCGAGGGUGGGCAACUCGCAAGUCUAACGUAUUAAAGGGCCUCAACAAUCCAGAUGUUAGUGUCAUCGAUCUGCAAGCUGCCAUGGAUGACUUUGAUCAACGUCUUGCCAGCUUGGAGGAGGUACAAACAAUGUUAGAAUUAGAGACUGAUUUUGUGAACUUGGAUGAAGAGCUCGAUAGCGCCUCCGAGUUUUUCCAAGAAGUCCGUAAGCCCAGGCUGCAAGCUGCACAGAGGUUGGGGGAUAUGAUGAAAGGUGAGCAGAGGGAUUCCUCUUCAUCCUCCUGUCCCUGUAAAAUAUCUAGUAGCUCCAAGAUAGCAAAUGUAAAAUUACCCAAAUUAGAGUUACCAAAGUUCAAUGGAGAUGUAACUCUGUGGCAGUCAUUUUGGGACCAUUUUAAGACUCAUGUGCAUGAAGCUGACAUUCCAGUGAUAACUAAUCUACUUGAUGAAUUGCUGACCCACAUCCGUAGCCUACAGGCCUUGGGAGUAACAGAGGAGCAGUGUGAAGUGUUCCUGACCCCUCUCAUCCUGUCAUGCCUUCCUGAGGAGCUAAGAUUGGAGUGGGCUAGGGAGGGCUCUGGCCGUGAGAGUGACAUCAGUUGGCUGCUGCAGUUUCUUCAGAAGGAAAUUGAGAGAAUUGAGAGAUCAGAAACCUUCAAAGUUGUGUUGGGGAAGGCAGAAGGACGUUUUGUGGAAUCUGAGAAAAGAAGAGUGCCGUCUGCAUCAGCUCUUUACACAUCGUCUGAAGUAGGAUCAUCUUAUUGCGCAUUCUGUAGCAAGGAACACAAGUCUGAGAAGUGCUGGGAUAUUCAGAAGCUCUCAUUAAAGGAACGUGAAGAAAAAAAUAAAGCAGCCCGUUUAUGUUUUAAGUGCCUAAGUAAAGGGCAUAUUGCCAGUGGCUGUCGAAUCAAGUGUUCCAAGUGUAAUGGAAAUCAUAAUUCUCUUCUGUGUAGAGCAAAAGGUGAAAUAAACACAGCCACCUUGUUGUUUGAUACUGGCUCCGAUAGAUCCUAUGUAUCCAGUAAUCUUGUGAAGAAAGUUAAGCCUAAGUGGGUGAGCUCGGAAACAGUGUCAUAUGCUGCUUUUGGAGGUAGAAAGUCUCCUCCAGGUAAACAGAGUAAUAUCUUUGAUUUGAAAUUAGUGGGUUUACAAGGUGUAAAACAUUUAAUGGCAUUAGAGAUUCCAAAGACUUUCAAACUUGCUGAUGAUUACAAGAAUAAUAGCCACCUAAGUAUAGAUAUACUUGUAGGUUUGGAUGCUUAUUGGGGAUUUAUGGACCCUGAAAUAAAGCCAUAUCAGAGUAAUGGAUUAGUAGCUCAAAAGUCAUUUGAGUCUACCCAAAUGUUAUGCAUAGGGAAUGUAACGGAUUCUGAUUUAAGUGAAUUUUGGAGUUUAGAAUCUGUUGGAAUAAAUCAAAAGGAAACUGUUUCUAACCCAUUUACCUCAGACCCUGUUCUACAGCAAUUUUGUGGAAAUGUUAAGUUUGAUGGGGAGCGUUAUGAAGUAGGCUUACCCUGGAAGUCAGAUGAAUGUAAGAAGAAUCUUAGAAAUAAUGAGGGACUUGCUAGAAAAAGACUAGAAGGAUUACAGCGUAAGUUAGAUAAGGACCCACAACUUAAGAAACAAUACUCUGAGGUGUUUACUGGCUAUGAAGAAGAGGGAAUAAUUGAGGAAGUCCCUUCAAAUGAGGUUUUAAGUUCUCAGCCUACAUAUUAUAUGCCUCAUCGUCCUGUUGUUAAAGAAAGUAGUGCUUCAACUAAGAUUAGGCUAGUUUUUGAUGCUUCUGCAGCUAGUUACAAUGGCAUUUCUUUAAAUGAUUGUCUUGAGUCUGGUCCUUCACUUAAUCCUGAUCUAGUGAAAGUUUUGAUUCGUUUCAGAAGGUGGAAGGUUGCACUGACUGCUGAUAUUACCAAGGCUUUCUUACAGAUCUGUGUUCAGGAAAAGGACCGAGAUGUGCAUCGCUUUUUAUGGAAAUGCAAAGACUCCAUUAGAAUUAUGAGGUUUGUUUGUGUUCCCUUUGGCAACACAAGUAGCCCUUUUUUGCUAAAUGCAACUAUUAAACAUCACUUACAGUCUUUCCCUAAUACUGAAGCCAUAGAAGAAUUAAAGGAAAACCUUUAUGUGGAUGAUUGGCUGUCGGGGGCAGACAGUGCAGAAGAGGCUUCUGUUAAGUUUAAAGAAGCUCAGAGAAUUUUGGCAUUAGGUGGAUUUCCUCUUUCUAAAUGGCAUUCAAACUGUAAAUUACUGACUACAAAGUUCAAUGACAAAAUUGAUCAUGGUAAUGAACACGUAUCCACCAAGGUUUUAGGACAUAUGGAGACUUGGGCUUGA